AGGCCGGCCGGGGGCGGGGCAGCUGGCGGGUCGGCGCGGGCCCAGCCGUGCGUGCUCACGUGACGGGUCCGCGAGGCCCAGCUCGCGCAGUCGUUCGGGUGAGCGAAGAUGGCGGCCGAGAGGGAACCUCCUCCGCUGGGGGACGGGAAGCCCACCGACUUUGAGGAUCUGGAGGACGGAGAGGACCUGUUCACCAGCACUGUCUCCACCCUAGAGUCAAGUCCAUCAUCUCCAGAACCAGCUAGUCUUCCUGCAGAAGAUAUUAGUGCAAACUCCAAUGGCCCAAAACCCACAGAAGUUGUAUUAGAUGAUGACAGAGAAGAUCUUUUUGCAGAAGCCACAGAAGAAGUUUCUUUGGACAGCCCUGAAAGGGAACCUAUCCUAUCCUCGGAACCUUCUCCUGCAGUCACACCUGUAACUCCUACUACACUCAUUGCUCCUAGAAUUGAAUCAAAGAGUAUGUCUGCUCCCAUGAUCUUUGAUAGAUCCAGGGAAGAGAUUGAAGAAGAAGCAAAUGGAGAUAUUUUUGACAUAGAAAUUGGUGUAUCAGAUCCAGAAAAAGUUGGUGAUGGCAUGAAUGCCUAUAUGGCAUAUAGAGUAACAACAAAGACAUCUCUUUCCAUGUUCAGUAAGAGUGAAUUUUCAGUGAAAAGAAGAUUCAGCGACUUUCUUGGUUUGCACAGCAAAUUAGCAAGCAAGUAUUUACAUGUUGGUUAUAUUGUGCCACCGGCUCCAGAAAAGAGUAUAGUAGGGAUGACCAAGGUCAAAGUGGGUAAAGAAGACUCAUCAUCUACUGAGUUUGUAGAAAAACGGAGAGCAGCUCUUGAAAGGUAUCUUCAAAGAACAGUAAAACAUCCAACUUUACUACAGGAUCCUGAUUUAAGGCAGUUCUUGGAAAGUUCAGAGCUGCCUAGAGCAGUUAAUACACAGGCUCUGAGUGGAGCAGGAAUAUUGAGGAUGGUGAACAAGGCUGCCGACGCUGUCAACAAAAUGACAAUCAAGAUGAAUGAAUCGGAUGCAUGGUUUGAAGAAAAGCAGCAGCAAUUUGAGAAUCUGGAUCAGCAACUUAGGAAACUUCAUGCCAGUGUUGAAGCCUUGGUCUGUCAUAGAAAAGAACUUUCAGCCAACACAGCUGCCUUUGCUAAAAGUGCUGCCAUGUUAGGUAAUUCUGAGGAUCAUACAGCUUUAUCUAGAGCUUUGUCUCAGCUUGCAGAGGUUGAGGAGAAGAUAGACCAGUUACAUCAAGAACAAGCUUUUGCUGACUUUUACAUGUUUUCAGAACUACUUAGUGACUACAUUCGUCUUAUUGCUGCAGUGAAAGGUGUGUUUGACCAUCGAAUGAAGUGCUGGCAGAAAUGGGAAGAUGCUCAAAUUACUUUGCUCAAAAAACGUGAAGCUGAAGCAAAAAUGAUGGUUGCUAACAAACCAGAUAAAAUACAGCAAGCUAAAAAUGAAAUAAGAGAGUGGGAGGCGAAAGUGCAACAAGGGGAAAGAGAUUUUGAACAGAUAUCUAAAACGAUUCGAAAAGAAGUGGGAAGAUUUGAGAAAGAACGAGUGAAGGAUUUUAAAACCGUUAUCAUCAAGUACUUAGAAUCACUAGUUCAAACACAACAACAGCUGAUAAAAUACUGGGAAGCAUUCCUACCUGAAGCCAAAGCCAUUGCCUAGCAAUAAGAUUAUUGCCGUUAAGAAGACCUUGGAUGUUGUUCCAGUUAUGCUGAAUUCCACAGUGAAAUCAUUUGAAACCAUCUAAAUAAACCACUAUAUAUUUUAUUAAUUACAUGUGGUUUUAUAUGUAUAUAUACACACACACACACACUCUGACAUUUUAUUACAAGCUGCAUGUCCUGACCCUCUUUGAAUUAAGUGGACUGUGGCAUGACAUUCUGCAAUACUUUGCUGAAUUGAACACUACUGUGUCUUAAAUACUUGCACUAAAUAGUGCACUGCAAGACCAGAAAAUUUUACAAUAUUUUUUCUUUACAGUAUGUUCUGUAGUAUGUUUACCCUCUUUAUGAAGUGAAUUAUCAAUGCUUUGAAUAAUGUUCACUUACACAUUCCUGUACAGAAAUUACAAUUUUGUGAUUACAGUAAUAAAAUGAUAUUCCUUGUGAAAUAUUAGUAACAAAUUAUUUGGGUAUUUAAACAUUAGGAAUCUUUUCAAAGCAUUUUUAAUAGGAAGAAAUUUUUCUUCUAGAUGUAUAUAGGUGAUGCUAUGAUUCCUUAAUUAUUUUAAUUGACAAAGCUGAACUCAUUAAAUGACUAAAUGAAGCUUAAGUUUUCUUAUGAAACCAUCAUAAAUCAAAGAACAUUUGUCUCUUGCUUGUCUUGGGUAAAGAAGAGAAUAAUUGUCUUUGCUUGUUUUUAACCAUCUCUAUUACAAGUGCCCAAUUUAAGAAUUAGGAAAAAAAUGUAUUUAUAUACUUUUACAAAUCCCAUGGAUUUUGUUCAUCUUCUCGUUGUCUUCAGAAUCUUGUACUUUGCAUAUAUUUAAUUUAUUCUUGUCUUUUUUUUUCUUUCUUUUAAACUAAAAGUAUAUCAUCUGUGCUCACAGUUGACAAGGAAUGGUACCAUGUUAAAAUAUACCAUGAUUUGAUGAAUAAGCAAGCACAACACAAAGCAAAUUUGAAGUAAAGUGAAAUUUAGUUUGCCUUGGGUAAUGUUUUUACCCAUUCUGUAUGCUACUUAGACAGCUGUUAUCUAAUCCUUAAUGCUGAUGAAACUUUAAGUUAUGGCUGGGUGUGGUGGCUCACGCCUGUAAUCCCAGCACUUUGGGAGGCUGAAGUGGGUGGAUUGCCUGAGGUCAGGAGUUCAAGACUAGCCUGGCCAACAUGGUGAAACUCCAUCUCUACUAAAAAUACAAAAAUUCGCUGGGUGUGGUGGGCCGUGCUUGUAGUCCCAGCUACUCGGGAGGCUGAGGCACGAGAAUCGCUUGAACCAGGAAGGCGGAGGUUGCAGUGAGCCAAGAUCGUGCCAUUGCACUCCAGCCUAGGCAACAAGAGCAAAACUCUAUCUCAAAAAAAAAUGAUGACUGGUGUCAGAGCUAUUUUUGUUUUUUAAAAAAUAUUCUUACAAACACCCCUCUUCUUGAGCUUAACCACCACAUGUCCCUUCCAUAGGAACAAGAUAUGGUAUGUGUAACUAAGUCCUCUCUAGUGAGUCACUGGAUAAAGUUUAUAUAUCAAAGUAUCCUUAGCAUGUGUUUGCUUCUGCUUUAGUUAAAAUGUUAAGUCUUCUAUAGGUGUUAUUCAUAUUUAUACUCCCACACCCCAGAAGAGUGGCUGAUACAUUAUAGGUUAAUAAUAAAGGCUUGAUGGGCCAGGCACAGUGACUCACAUGCCUGUAGUCCCCGCUUCUUGGGAGGCUGCAGCAGGAGGAUCUCUUGAGCCCAGGAGUUUGAGGCUAUAGUACACUAUGAUCAUGCCUGUGAAUACCCAUUGCCCUACAGCCAGCCUGGACAACAUAGUGAGACUGUGUCUCUAAAAAAAGUGAAGACUUGAUGAGUUGAACCGGGAAAACAAAAGUUUGCUCUUCUAAGAAGAAACUGAAGCAGAAAUAGUACAAUCAUCUUUUGUUGCUUCUGGGAAUACUUUUCAGAAAUGAAUAAUUCAUAGUAAUAUAUAUCAGAUGCUGUCUUGCUCCUCCAUUAAUAUGGAGCAAAAGAUAGGCUUACCAGGAAUAGUUUCACUAGAAUGAUGUCCUAGUGUUAGAUCCACAGUUAUAUUACUUAGAAAGUUUACACAUGGGAUAGUUAUUAAAGUUAUUAUUAAAAUCUUCCAUUCAGAUGUGGUACAUUAGAAUAUUCAGUACCUCCAAGUGAAAUAAUAAAUAUUUUCAGCCUUGAUUAAACUCUAGACUCCAUUCCAGACUUCCAUUUCCCUUGCCCACGUUUAUUAAAAGAUGAGUGUGCUGGAAAUUUCAAGUAUUAUAUGAGCCUGUGAUACCUACCAGUAUUUAAACAGGAUUUAAUUAUUUCAACACUCCAUCCAUCAAUCUUCAUUUCUCCUGUUAAGAUAAAAAUGCUUUCAUCCCAAAUAAAUAAAACGAGAACAUUAAUAGUGCUAAUAACAUAAUCUUUUCGUUGGAUAGGUCUGAAUUUAAUGUUUUUUUUUUUUUUAAUGAGAUCAAAAGUUAAGGACUAAGGCAGCAAAAUAUUGUGAAACAAGCUGAACUUGGGAUCAACAUACAUUUGUUCAGUCUUGUUUCAUUUAGUAGCUGUAUGACUUUGGGCAUAUCACUUAAAUCUCUUACCUAUAAAACAAGUACAUAAAACUCUUGAUUUCUGAAGUGCCUUUCUACUUUAAAAUAUUUCGUUUAAAAUAUCAAAGUUCAAUGUAAAUAUUAUGUUGGAAAACAAUUCUAGUCAAAUAACUUCUAUUAAGCAAAACAAGACAAAAUGUGUGUAAAAAUAUGACUUCUAACACAUAGAUUUACUUGAUUGUAUUUUCUACUGAACUACUUUCAAGUAUUCAGCUUGUUUUAUACAGAUAUAUUAAUCUCAAAAUAACUUUGUUUCAUUGUUGCUACUGCUUAAAAUUCUUUUAUUGUCUAGAUCUAGUAAAGUUUGCUGCAUUCAUUGUAUUAACGUUGGUUCAAAAGUAAUUGCAUCCUUUGUCAUUAUAUAAAUUGUUUUCUAAAUGGCUUUAACUAUGACAUAAGCCUUUUAACAUAAUCACCCUUCUUUAAAGGAGGAAGUCAGAUGAGUAGAGAAGGAAAGUUAUAUUCCUUUACAAAUGCUCUUAAUUUUAAUGUCUAAGGGAAUUAUAGAAACUUCCAUUAUUCUGCCUUAAAUAAGGGAUGUUACUUCAGUUUUCUUGUCAUGGCUCCCUGCGUGGGCAGUCAUGUUAACAAGAGUCAGGGAGAUAGCAGAUAUUCCGUAAUAGUGACUGCAGAUAGGCCAGUCAAAGUCUUUUAUUUUGAAGGGAAGUCGCUGGUACUUAGGUGGGAAAAUAACACCUGUGAAAAGGAAGUCCAAGUCAUUGGCUCAGGGACUUUGGAGGCAUUUUCAUAUCAUAUUCACUAGUCAAGAAACGUGUAGAUGGUAUGUGUGAGUGACAUAGUCUGUUUCCAAGUAUUAGAAAACAGACAAUAGAAUCACCCACCCUCCCUCCGACACACACUUCCUUAUGGAAAAACAGAAUCAAAUAAUUAUCAUUCCUAACCCUCACAGUGAAGGAUUUGGUUUCAUGUAACAAUGAAAGUAGAUAAUGGGUCAGACAUGGAAAUAGCAAUAAAAGGGAAUUACAACAAGAUAAAUGUGAGUAAUAGUUCAUUUUCCUGCAUUUGUGAUGAGGGCCAUGAAGAUAGGUCAUGGUAAUCUGUGGAGAAGGUCCUUAAGAGCAUAGAACAAUAUAAAUAUAAUUUGAGCCAUAUAUAUAGUUUUUAAAUUUUCUACAGCCAAAUGUUAAAAAGUAAAAAACAAUUUUAAUAAUCCAGUAGCUCCAAAAUAUUAUUUUAAUAUAUAAUCCAAUAUAUUGAAGUUACAAGAUAUUUUACAUUUUUUGAUAUCUGAUGUAUAUUUUACACUUUCAUCACAUCUCCAGACUGGCUACAAUUUGAUCAAUUGUCACAUGUGGCUGACUAGUGGCUAUGAUAAUGGACAGCAUAGGUUUAGACAAUGCCUAUUCAACUAUUCAACUUGUUUUACAUUUAUAAGUUUCAAAAUGCCUUUAUUUCAUUGUUGGUACUUUUUUAUUACCCAGAUAUAAUAAAGUUUUCCAAGUUUCAUUGUACAAAUGAAAUGAGUUUACUGUGGAAAUGAAAAUGCAGAGUAAGUCCAACAGCUAGUUUAUUUAUCAUCCUGAACCCAGUGAAGAAAUCAAAGCUGAAUAAAAGGGACUCCUAGUUGUUACUCUCAAGGGCAGGUAUAAUUUAGGUGCAAGACUUUGUAGCAUAAUGUUUUGCAAGUAGUGGAUGUUCAAUAUCUACAAUAAAUGAAUUGUAGUACUA